CGUGGGUGGGCUUCAUCCGUGUUGUUGUUGUUCUCGGGUCCUGAUCACAUGGUGGAGUUUUGCGCAUGCGCGUGCUGUUAAUGGCCGAUGGAGAGAAGAUGCCCACUGCCUCAAUCCCCGUGUAGCGCAGGAGAGCUCCAGCCCGCUCCCGUUUGGCGCACAUUGCGCAAACUGCCGUUUUUCCGCACAGCUGCAGGCCGCAGUCCGACACGAGAGGCCCGAUGUCCGUGGCUAACGCGAAACACACGGUUCUGAAUCCGGUGAUCCCAUACACCGGACCCAUACCUGGUGGCCUGCACCCCGGGGAGAUCAUCAUUAUCCAGGGCACCGUCCCCCCGGAUGCUGACAGGUUUCAGAUCAACCUGUCGAGCGGCUGCAGCACCAAACCGCGCUCUGACGUCGCCCUCCACUUCAGCCCUCGCUUCAAAGGCUCGCCCUGCGUGGUGUGCAACUCCCUGCUGCAGGAGAGCUGGGGCAGAGAGGAGACGCUCCACCAGCUGCCCUACAAGCGCGGCGCCCCCUUUGAGACGAUCAUCCUGGUGCACGAAGACGUCUUCAAGGUGGCGGUAAAUGGAGCUCACCUGCUGGAAUACAAGCACAGAAUUCCUCUGAACAGGGUCGACACCUUCUCCAUCUGUGGGAAAGUCAGGGUGCACGCUAUCGGCUACAUCCCAAACUCAGCAAUAUACUCUGAAUCAGGUGACCUGAGCCUCCCUUACAAAGGCAGCAUCCUCAAAGGCCUGAGCCCAGGACAGCACAUCACAAUAAAAGGGCAGGUCAGCAUGUAUCCUCACAGUUUUACCGUGAACCUCCGGAACAGCCGGACGGAGAACAUCGCUCUCCACCUGAACCCCCGCAUGAAGUCCGGCGUGUUCAUCAGGAACUCGUACCUGGGUGAGUCCUGGGGUCAGGAGGAGCGGGAGCUGCCCUUCUUUCCAUUCUCCUCAGGAGAAUACUUUGAGAUCCUUCUCCUCUGUCAGCCCCAUCAGUUCAAGCUGGCGGUGAACGGCUCGCACCUGUUCGAGUUCAGACACCGGGUGCAGGACCUGAGCAGCAUCGACCAGCUGGAGAUCAUGGGAGACCUGGAGCUCAGCGACAUCAAGCUGUGGUGACUCACACGGAAACCGGCGUCACCGACGCUUCUCGGUUCUGGUUAUCGUGCUAAAUUAGCUUAGCCACAGCGGCCUGGGCGAUGGUUUUAAGCUAGUCUGGCACGGAGGCCGUGGACGGGUCCUAAAUGAACGGUUUCCAGCUGAGACUGGAUGGUGCAUGACGGUAAGCCGUGCUGCAGACUGUGGUGUCCCUGGACCGUUUCUUCUCUUGUCUCUAGUGCAUCUCUGCUGUGAUACAGCCUGUGUAACUAAACCAGGAAAUAAAUGUGAAUGUUAAGAAGCUCUCAACACCUGGCUCUGCUUACAUGUUAAUUAUAAGACGGUCAGCAAAACAGUGAAAUAAAUAUAAGGACUACAUUCUUCUGUACAGAUCAUAUACAAAAAAAAUCCAGGAAGUGCAGUUUUUACUGCAUCAUUGCGGUCACAGCUUUCAUUUGCAUUUGUUUAUAUAAUUUUAAAAUAAUAUUUGCAACUUAUGAAAAUGUCCCACACACCUGACACGCAGCAGUGGGUGCAGCAUGGGAUAAUAAUAUUUAAAUAGUCAGAGCAGCGACUAUUUAAAAGCUAAAGCUCCCUCUCAUCUCCUUUACGAUCGCCUGUGGUUAAAAAUGUAACCAAAUCACGCUGUAUGUACCACACAUUAUUUAAUGACAAAUAAAAGUGUUGCUGUUA